AUGAGAGUGGGGAUGUGUGGUCUGGCAAGCUAUGCCAACCACUACACCUCCAUCUUUCUGAGAGCAGGGAUGUGUGGUCUGGCAAGCUACACUGACCACUACAUCUCCAUCACUCAUGAGAGCAGGGAUGUGCAGUCCAAUAGAUCAAGUAGAAACAGCACAAGGAAUUAUCAGUAUAGGCUGUUUUGGAGAAGCCUUACAGACAAACAUGUGUACAGAGAUCCACUGUGCAAGAACCCCUAUAAGUGCAUUGCCCCUGGAUUAGGGCACACAGCAGGAUCACACCUUUCUUCAGCCCACCAUCAACCAAUUAUUCAGUCAACAAAUCAAGAUAUGUCUAUGCUGUCAGGAAGUGUUAGUGGGGGAGGAAUGGCUUCCGGAGGAGAGAAUAUGCCACCUGUGAGCUCAUUGGCUUGCCUGAUGCAUGGGAUGAAGGAGGCCGGGCCAGUGGAAAGGGUGAUGAUCAGAGAGAUCAUGCAGGAGGAAGUGAUGCUGGAGGGGUGGAACUUUGAUCUGGUGGCCAUGCAUGGGCAGUAUACCUAUACCCCUGAGCCUGACAUAACAACCACCAAUGCUGCUACGGACACAACCAGCACAAACAAUGCCACUGAGCUUUUGAACAGCAUGGUGUUCAACUAUGAAGACAAGAUUUAUCUGUGCCAGCACAAGAUCUGCAUGCAAACUGCUGGUGAAUGCUGCUGCAACACUAUGCUCAAGCUCUGCAUGGGAGUGGGCAACAUCAGCUGGUACUGUGUGGGGUGCAGGAGGGGCAUCCAGAGAUCAAUUGGAUAUUAUACUCACUCCAGUGGUAUUGGCAAGUGGGCCCAUGAUGGUGUGAAUGCUGCCUUCCUCACAGGCACUGCUGUGGCAGGCACUACAGCACCUGCUGGCUCUAGCAGCUCCUCAAGCUCCACCGGUAACUCUACCACCCCCAACUGA